AACUGCUCGCUUCGGUUCGGAGACCAUGGGCAAGGAAAAGGUCCUGCUGGCCUACUCGGGCGGGCUGGACACGAGCUGCAUCCUGAAAUGGCUGCUGGAGCAGCAGUACGAAGUGAUCUGCUUUAUGGCGGACGUCGGCCAAACGGAGGACUUCGCAGCGGCCCGCGAAAAAGCACUCAAAAUCGGCGCCACCGACGUGGUGGUGAAGGACAUGAAAGAUUUCUUCGUCGAGAAGUUCGUCUGGCCAGCGGUGCAGAUGGGGCUGAUCUACGAGGAUCGCUACCUGCUCGGGACGUCGCUGGCAAGGCCCUGCAUUUCGAAGGGCCUCAUGGAUGUGGCGAUCCAGCGAGGAUGCGGUUACAUUUCGCACGGUGCCACCGGCAAGGGGAACGACCAGAUCCGGUUCGAGCUAAGCUGUUACGCACUCAACCCAGCGAUCCGCGUUAUCGCACCGUGGCGAAUGGAUGCCUUCUGCGAGCGAUUCCAGGGCCGAUCGGAUCUGUUGGAGUACGCUAAGCGCUCGAAUGUCCCAGUCAGUGCCACGCCGAAGGCUCCCUGGUCCAUGGACGCCAACAUCAUGCACGUGAGCUACGAAUCGGGUAUCCUUGAGGAUCCGUCAGUUGCCGCCCCGGAGGAUCUGUAUCAGCUGACGCAAUCGCCAACUCGUGCCCCCGACACUCCGACGGUUUGCGAAAUCGUGUUCAAGGCGGGUCUUCCGGUCCGUGUCAACGAGCUGGUGAGCGGCCGUACAAUGGAGAAACCCCUCGAUAUACUGACCUUCUUGAACAAGGCCGGUGGGGAACACGGCGUAGGUCGGAUCGACAUUGUCGAGAACCGGUACGUUGGGUUGAAGUCUCGUGGCGUUUACGAGACACCCGGUGCGACCGUGCUACAUUGCGCCCAUCGUGACCUGGAGGUUUACUGUCUUGACCGAGAGGUACUACGCGUGAAGAAGUAUCUUGCCGAUCGGAUGGCGGACUACGUGUACAAUGGUUACUGGUACGCGCCUGAAGCCGAGUACGUCCGGAAAUGCAUCAUUGAAUCGCAGAAGCACGUGUCCGGCAAGGUGGUGGUGGAGAUGUUUAAAGGACACGGUAGGCAUCACCAAAGUCUAGCACGAUCGUCGAUCAACUCCGUCUACAACCAGGAGCUGGCGUCGAUGGAGGUGCAUGGUAAUUUUACGCCUCAUUCUGCGACAGGGUUCAUAGAGAUCAACGCGGUGCGGUUAAGGGAACAUCACCGGGUGUUCGGGACAGCCAAUAUGACGAAACAUUUCUCGCGGACGGAAUCUGAUAUGAAACUUAUUUGAUCGCUGAAUCUGAUCACUACAUGUAUACUGCAUAUCUGAAUAUAUAUCUAAAUAGAUAUCUAAAUGAUGUUUUAAUGUUCCUCAAAAUAC